AUGUGGAGAGGGAUUAGACUCUUAUCAGCACCUUUUAGAGCAAACUACAUGCUGAAGCCAUUCCCAGCAGCCUUUUCUAUUCGCGCAUUUAGCGCAAGCCAGUCUUCAGUUGAAGUGGCAAUAAUUGAUAGGCUUAAAGAAACUGAAGGGAUAAAGAUUGAUAAAUUGUCACCGAAAUCGUCAUUCAAAGAAAUUGGACUUGAUUCUCUUGCACAAAUUGAGUUAUUUUCCUAUUUAGAAGAAAAAUUUGAUGUGACACUGAAUGACGAUGAUACUGAGGGAGUAAAAGGAGUAAAUGAUUUGGUCAGGAUAAUUUUGGGAAAGUUUAAGUAA